GUUCUAACGGUUGUCGCGAAGGUUCAUUCUUGUGCAGACAGUCGGACGUUUGUAUUGCAAAUAAAUAUAAAUGUAAUAAUUUUUCGGAUUGCCUACACGGAGAAGACGAAGAUUAUCUCAUAUGCACUGACUUCUCUGGAAGUAUGCAAAAUUAUCAUAAAGUCAUAUUUACCGAAGACCCGGAACCAGAUUCAAAACCAGAACCGGUACCAGAACUGAAACCAAAACGUAAUGAUUCAGAUAUUAAAGAUAUGGAGUUACCUUGUGCUUUAAACAAUUAUCCCGCCAAGUGUGAUUGUUUGGUUGAAACAUGGUUAAGAUGUAAUAGUGUUGGACUAACGAAAGUGCCAAGAAAUAUUUCUUCUAAUCUUAAAAGAAUUUUUUUAUUACGUAAUGAAUUGAAUGUUUUGGAAAAAGACGCCCUUUACGGAUUGGAUAGUAUUAGUACCCUAUUUUUGGAUAAUAAUCACUUGGUCUAUUUAAAUUUAAACUCCUGGAAACAUAUGGUCAAAGUGAAAUGGAUUUACUUAAAAGAAUUUCAUUAUUGUGUCUUGUAUGCCCCGCAUGUUAAGUUUUGUUCACCAAAUACGGAUGGGUUAUCAUCAAGUUUAAAUAUCCUACCAAAUUCAACUUUCCGAUGGUUUCUUUGGAUGGUGACAGUCCUAACAUUCGUCUUUAAUGUAUUGGUUUUAUAUGGUCGGAUGUUUAGUACUUUUGGAGAUGAAAAUAAAGCAAUAAACUUUGUCAUACGGAAUUUAGCUGUUGCAGAUUUGUUCAUGGUAAUAUACUUAACGGUUAUUGGUUAUCAUGAUCAAAUGUACCGGAAUGAAUAUUAUUUGUAUGCACACAAGUGGGAGUCCUGUAUCUUGUGUACUAUGAUUGGAAUUAUGGCCGUGAUUUCAUCAGAAGUAUCUAUGCUCAUCCUGGUGUUUCUCAGCUUAGAAAGAUUCUUACUCAUUGCUGUACCAUUUUCUGGAUAUCAAGUAUUGAAAUUAAAAACAGCUGUUUACUGUAUGGUAUCAAUUUGGGUGGUAGGAAUAAGUAUAUCAAUUGCACCAUUGAUUUUAUGGAAGCACUCGUCAAAAUUUUACGGUUCCAAUGGUUUGUGCUACCCUUUAUAUAUUGAAGACCCAUUUGUUAGUGGGUGGCAAUAUUCUGCAUUCAUGUUUUUGGGAUUACACACGACAAGUUUACUUCUUAUGUCCGUUUUGUACGCGUUAAUGUUUAUAAGUGUCAGAAAAACAAGACAUGCUGCCCGCAUAUCUGCUGGUGAUUACGACUUUGCAGUACGUUUCUUUUUCAUUGUUUUGGCCAAUAUUUUAUGUUGGCUACCCAUAAUCGUUUUGAAAUUGGUGGCAAUAAGAAAAUAUCAUGUUUCAAGUAAGAUAUACGUUUGGUUAAUUAUAUUUGUUGUGCCAAUUAAUGCAUUGGUAAAUCCAUUAUUAUAUACUUUCACAACACCCAAGUAUAUCACAGCAUUAACUUCAAAAAAUAUCUUCAAGAUGACAUCCCGCGAUUCAAGCAGCGUAGUAGACACGUCAAAAUCAUCGCGCCCAAUAUCCAUGUACAGUAGAAAAUAUAUCAAGAAAAAUAGAAAGGAGACACUUGAAGAAAGACUAAAUGAAAAUAAUACCACUCAAGAAAAUAGUCUAGAAUCAACAAAUGAUGAAUAA